CUCUCCGUAGCGAACAACAGCGCGAACACUGAUCGCAUUCAAAUAAGCCACGUCACCGGUAUAAUUUCGCCAAAAUCUAUUAACGUUUAAAUUACAUAUCGACGGGUUUCAAUUUCGAUAAGGGCCAAUCACUCAAUCGAAAUUGGAUUUGAUCACGUGAUCGGUACCACUUAAGGGUACACCCCACCGUUCGCCUAAUAAAACAUUUGAAAAAUUUGAAAGAGCUCACAUCGCUUUAUGCUCAUCUUACCUGACGAUUUUAGUUCAUGGGAAAAAGUUGAAAAAUACCAUAUUUACAGCUGUAUCUGUGAGAUAAAAAGUUCUUCUAUAUCGAUCGAGAAAAAUAGAAAAGGAACAUUUAUAAAACUCGGACUAUCGCAACUGAUCUAACAUAACAGUCGGGACGCUAAAAACACUUACAUAAUGUCUGAAAGAAGCAGUAGUCCAGAGUCUUGUAUAUCCGAGGAAGAACAAGCUCAAAGGACCAGUCGGCAUAUGAUUGCGCAACUAAUGGAGGGAGUGCACCCCUCGGUCUCUACACACAUUUCCCGACUGCCGCAUAGACCCCGGGGGAGGACCAGCACCAAAAAGCAAAUGAGCGAAGAAGAACUUCAAGAUUUGAGACUUAAAAUAAAUGGCCGUGAGAGAAAACGAAUGCACGAUUUGAAUAGCGCUUUAGAGGGUCUCCGCGAAGUAAUGCCGUAUUCCGGCAACCCGUCGGUUAGGAAACUGUCAAAAAUAUCUACACUGCUUCUGGCGAAAAACUACAUUCUAGUACUAACUCGAUCGUUAGAGGAACUCAAGAGUUUGGUUGGGGACGUACAUAAACCAACAUCGAUACCAACAGGUCCGAUGUAUGGCGCUCGUACGGACUUUCACAACAUAAACCCAGCAGCGUCUCUACCAUCGGCGUCGGCUACCGUAUCAUCACCGAGUGGAUUAACGUCAUUGUUGGCACCCGUAUCAACGCUGUCACCUGCAAGAAUUCCCGUUACGAAUACACACGUACCCGUCACGAACUCUCGUGUACCAGUAACGAAUCCUCACAUACCUGCAAUGAACUCUCAAGUUCCUAACAUGAUUUCUACCGGAAUUUUUCCAAGACAUCCACUGACAUUUGAUGUUUCCCCCUCCGGCUGUCUUCCGACCGGGCGUAUCCUACUACCCGGGGGGCUUAACCCUACCCAGGCAAUCCAAAUCCCACACAUAGACCCACGAGUCGCUCACGAACAAUACAGAAGAUGCUUACUAGAAACACAGAACGCCAAAUAAAUUGUGCUCGUUAUAUACUUUCCCCGUGCGAAAAAGUGUUAACAUUAUACACCCCCUCCAAAAGUUUAGUAAUAUCGACUUUUCUACUGGACCACAUACGAAAACCUGUCCGUCGAUUUGUAAAUAACCACAGUCAUAAAUUAGGACAUUUGUCACUUUUUUGGUCAUCUUUGUUUAUGCUGUUCAAGAAUAGUUCAUCUUUAUCAGCUUCAAUGCGCCUUUGAGGAUUGCCAAGCUUUUGUAGGGGGAGGGGGUUGUAUUUAGCAAAUCGAAUAUGUGGUAAAAUACUUCGACUUAACCCAUACUUUUGGAAGGGAUCUUGUGUAACGAAGAAAUAUACCAUGUGAUAUAUAAUAUGAUCAUGCAUUGGUCCCGCCGUGAUCCUACU